UAGCGAAGAUGACGACGGUCAAUCACAAAGUACAGUUUACCAGUAAGCUAGCUUAGCUAGGACAGGGAGAAAUAAUGCCGCUCAAGAACGUGCACUACCAGAAGCUAGAGAGCCGGAGGAGAGCGCUUGGAGAGGACUAGCGUCCCCUCCGUCACACGUCAAACUUCAGGGCACCAACCACGUCAGGGUGACACCGAUGGAACCACAUGAGACAAUUUGGACGCGUUUCUGUUGAACGAGUGUACCGUACCACGCGAAACCCUGGACUGUGGGCCCGUAUAACAAAACACUCUCAGACAUCAGGAGACGAUUCCAAUUCCUGUUCAUCGUGUGUUUCUCCUGUGUUCAUUGUGACGUGUCUGCGGUUCAACGACUGUUUCUGGACAAGAUCAACCUACGUCAAGGAUACACCACCAACGAGAGAACGUCAUGUUUGGAGACUAUUCGAACAGACAAGACUACUCCAUAUGUCGGCACUGCUGGUGUUUGUUCUACUGGUGGCUCUGUCAUUCUGGCUGCACAGAGUCUACCUGACAGCCAGACGUUUCCUGCAGUUCUGGGAGAUACGGAACUUCUACCACCAUGCCCUCGGAAUAUCCACUUCUCAGAUGCGCAACGUGACAUGGGCAGAGAUUCUGGUGAGGCUGAAACAAGCCCAGAAAGAUCACAAAAUGAACAUCAGAAAACAGGAACUAACCGAACUGGAUGUGUACCAUCGCAUCCUGAGGUUCCAGAACUAUCUGGUGCCAUGAUCAACAAGAACAUCCUCCCCUGCAAAAUACAUGUCCCCUUCUAUGGAGAGAAGGUUUUCUUCACACAUGGACUAAAGCUCAACUACGAACUUCUGCUCUUCUGGGGACCAGGAGCCCCAUUCAGAAACAGUUUCUACCUCCACGAGGACUACAAGUCAGCCUCCAAGAAGUAUGAACUGAUUUCAAAACUGAGGUUCCGGAUAGGGCUGCUGGCUCUGCUGAAUCUCCUGUUCUGUCCAGUCAUUUUCCUCUACCAAAUCCUCUUCUCCUUCUUCCACUAUGCCGAGAUUCUAAAGAGGCAUCCAGGCGUUUUUGGCAAGAGAAGAUGGUCACUCUAUGGCAGAUAUCAUCUCAGAGACUUCAAUGAACUGGACCAUGAACUGGCACUCAGGUUGAAUCGAGCCUACACACCCUCGGUGAAGUACAUGGACCUCUUCACCCACCCCAUAGUGACCAUAGUGGCCCAGAACGUGGCGUUUGUGGCGGGCUCGGUCCUGGCCGUGCUCCUGGUCCUGACUGUCAUUCAGGAGGACCUUCUCACCGCUCACAACGUCCUCACAUUCAUCACUCUUCUUGGUAUUAUUGUGACUGCCUGCAGAGUAUUCAUACCUGAUGAGAACCAGGUAUGGAUCCCUGCGGAACUGAUGCACGAGAUCCUGGGGGAGAUUCACUACAUGCCAGACCGGUGGAAGCAGGAGCCACACACCGUGGAGGUGUACAAGGAGUACACUCAGGUCUUCCAGUUCACUCUGAUGUACAUCCUGGACGAGAUGUUUAGUCCACUGGUGACUCCGUUCAUCCUGUACCUCUCCCUGAGGAAGAGGGCUCCUCAGAUUGUCGACUUUCUCAGAAACUUCACCAUCGACGUGUCUGGAGUUGGAGACGUCUGCUCCUUUGCCGAGAUGAACGUCAAGAAACACGGCAACUCUGAGUGGCUGACUCCAGGGAUGACCAGAGCAGGGGACUAUGAGAAGGCAGAACUUGGCAAGACUGAGAUCUCUCUCGUCCAGUUCUCUCGCAAGAAUCCAGGCUGGAGACCGAACGAGGACGGAACUCUGUUCAUGAGUCAACUCAAGGAAUCAGCGGAGGAGAUGCAGAGGAGUAGUACCAGUGCUCCAGGAGGUUCUCUGCUCUACCCCACACUCCAUACCUCCACUGACUUACAGGAUGUGGUUCACUCUGGCCCCACCCCUACUGCCCCUCCCCCUGACCACACCCACCAUUCCACCCUCCUCCCUCCCUCACACCCCACCACACUCAUCCCCCAGGGGAUGCAGUGGUCUGUGUGGAGUGCCCACGGAGGUCACCUCUCCCCUCCUCACCAUUUUCCCCACCUCUCUCCUCCUCACCAUCCUCCCCACUUCUCACCCACUCACCAUCCUCACCACAUCCCCACCUCUCGCUCUGAUCCACUUGCUAUCAGCACACUGCAACUGCACCAGAUCCACGACUACAGAAAAGCAGUGCAGACUUCACUCUACACACCUCACACUCCACCAACAACACAACACAACAACAAAAACAACAAAGCUCUCCAGUGUCCACACCACACCAAAACAGACUGCAAUAGACACCGACUCCAGCGACUGGACCCCUUCCUCCACCACAUCUCACGUUGGAGCCACCACCACGCAACACGAGACAGAGCUUCAGGGCCGGGAGCUCACCGAGCCUCUACUGGCGAGACAGAAACAAGAGAGGCAGUUGACGGUGGAGAACACAAGUGGAGACAAUGGCAGCGGUGGUAGUGGUGGUGGCUCAGGCAGUGCCACUGCUCUGGACAUGCACGACAGUAGCACGCGCCUAUAGACUUAUAGUGCUCAUCAUCACAGAACACAUAACGUAUUAUACGGAGUUGAAGAAUCCCACAUUUUAUCUCAUUAAAAUUAUAUAGCACUCUAGAUGUGUGCAGCACGCUGUUUAUGAAUUAUAGUUUGACCACCCUCUA